UGUUAUUCUUAAAUAGGAAUAAUUUUCAGCGGAUAAAUAUGGUUCUCACACUAUUCAAAAACUGUGUGGCAAACCAAAAGGAAAACUAGGAUAUGUUUUACUUAACCAGAAUUUAAGUCAGUAACCCAAUCACAAUAAUUCUUUGUUAUUUUUUAUGAUUUUGUUUCGUCCAAAAACAUAAAUUAACCAAUCAAUUUAUAAUGAUUAAUCUGUAAUUGAUUGAGACUAAUCUCAGUCAGAAAUAGCUAACCAAUAGUUCAAUUUCAAUCUGUUGGCCUUGUACUGUGAAAGUGUUUUGUCAUAAAUAAACAUCGCACAGUAUAGUUAGAAACACGUUUUCAUCCGGAUGAUUUGCAAAAGGUUUUCACGAUUUUUACUUGAAAACUAUAAUUUGCACCAAAAAUAACGUAAGACCGCUGUUACAGUCAUCAAAUUUUGGUGCACCUGUACCUACAACGUCUAACGAUGCUUGACUGACCAAAAUAUAAUAAACAUGAAGGUGCAACCAGGAUUUGGAAUUUGGGAUUAUGUGGUUGUUGUACUAAUGCUUUUCAUAUCAUCCAGUAUCGGUAUUUACUAUCGGUUUACGGGUGGUAAGCAGAAAACAGUAAAGGAAUACAUACACGCUGAUAAAAAUAUGUCCAUAUACCCAGUGGCGGUUUCUUUAACCGCUUCUUUUAUGUCAGCUGUAACCAUGCUGGGAGUAUCCAGCGAAAAUUAUUCCUUUGGAUUUCAAUUCAUAUUGAUCUACUUGGGGCAUUUGGUGUUCACUCCUAUAGCCGCAUACCUGUACUUACCAAUUUUCUUCAAACUCCAAACUACCAGCGCUUAUGAGUAUCUCGAAUUGCGAUUUGGUAAAACUGCCAGAUUAGCUGCUUCUUUAUCGUAUACUCUCCAAAUGACGUUAUAUACAGGGGUAGUCAUAUACGCACCUGCUAUGGCAUUGGAAGCUCUCACGAACAUCAACCGAGUAGCGGCAGUGUUAUCUAUUGGUUUAGUGUGUACAUUUUAUUCAACAAUCGGCGGUAUGAAGGCAGUGUUAAUGACUGAUGUAUUCCAAUCUUUGCUGAUGUUUCUCGGGGUGUUUAGUAUUAUUGGCUCUGCAGUAGUCGCCCAUGGGGGAUUUACUAAUAUCUGGAAAAUUGCUGAGGAAGGCAACCGAACAAAUAUUUGGAACUUUGAUCCGGAUCCAACAGUGAGACAUAGCUGGUUUUCUCUUGUUCUUGGAGGCGGUGUUUUAUACCUAUCGCUAUAUGGAGUAAACCAAACGCAAAUUCAACGAUACUUAACAGUGAGAGACUUGAAGAAAGCCCAGCGGGCUUUAUGGCUUAACUGGCCAAUAUUCUGCUCACUUGGAGUUGCGACGUCUUUUUGUGGAUUGGCGAUUUAUUCUAAGUAUCACAACUGUGAUCCAGUGAAAGCAGGUCUUAUCACCAGUAUGGAUCAACUGAUGCCGUACUAUGUGGUUGACACAAUGGGCCACAUUCCAGGUCUAGCUGGUUUAUUUGUCGCUGGCAUCUUUAGUGCUUCUCUGUCCACAAUAUCCGCAUCUUUGAACAGCAUGGCUGCAGUUACUUUUGAAGAUUACUACAAGCCAAUUAAUAAUUGCUUAAAGCGACAAGAGUUAUCUCCGAAAAGUGCGGCAACACUCACUAAGUGCAUUGUACUUUUCUACGGAAUUCUCUGCCUAGGAUUGGCUUUUCUGGUACAUCACUUAGGAGCAAUAUUAAAAGCUUCUUUGACAAUUUUUGGGGCUGUCGGCGGGCCUGUUUUAGGCCUGUUUUCUUUAGGGAUGUUCACCUUUGAAGCAAAUGAAGCGGGGUCUUUAACUGGACUAUUGCUGGGGAUGAUUGCAUGCAUGUGGUUAGCGUUUGCUCCAAAGCCGCCCUUACAGCCGUUACCAGUUUUUACUGAUGAGUGUGAUAGUUUACUAAAUCAGACCAUAUCAACUGCCAAUGGAUUUCAACAGAAUGAAUCAGACUAUCCUUGGCCAUACAGAGUGUCCUAUUUGUAUAACGGUGUAAUUGGAUUAUUCAUCACGUUCACUGUUGGUUACCUAACGAGCUUUAUCAUCAGAAGACUCAACCAAAGAAGAGUGGAAGAUGAAGAUUACAAUCCCGAUCUCUUUAUACCUCCCUUAUCUAAAAGGCUGUUAACUAAACGAAGUCAAAAUAACGUGUUUCACUUGGUUAGACGAACCGAGUCGUGUGAAAAUCUUGAAAUUGGCAAAGCUAAAGCAAAUUCAUUGUGAUUGCAUUAAAGCAUAUUAAAUGCUCAUAAUUAUAUCCUUAGUAUUAGUAGAUACUUAUAUUUAUCUGCUCCUUCAUCUUAUAUUUCGAUUUUAUAAAUACAUAUUCUUUUCUAUUUGGUGAAAA